CCUUCUUCGACCCUCAGUCGGCACUCGGCAGUGAGUCGGCACUGCAACUCCCUGCCCUGCCUGCAAAUCGGAGCUGUGUUGAUGCUUUCUUUGAUUGGAAGAAUGCGCGGGUCAUUCAUGCAUUUCGAGUCAAUUUUAGACACGAUUAUGUGACAGUGUUGUUUUACUGAAACGAUUGUGACAGGGAUAUUGCAGUGGUGAGUGAUUCAGUGGAUCAUAACAGAGAGGCCUAUAUUUCUCAUCGCAGCCAUCAUGGCGCUCAAAGGGGCCCAUGUUGUCUCUGCCAUCCUGUUUAGGGUUGUUUUUCCGAUUGUACUUUUGGCAGCUUCAGUUUUCCGGUUCAAUGCCCUGUCAUUUUUGUACACGGUGUGUUUGCUCAUCACACCACUACUGCCUGUGCCCAGCAAGACCUCUAUGAAGGGCCUGACCGGAGCAUUCCUGAAGCUGAUGGUCCCCGUCAGUGUGCUGCCUGUGCUGGGCCAUGUCGUGUUUCACGUGACCUUGGUAGCCAUCGCGGACGGGGAUAACCCUUAUGGCAGCAUGUUCACCAACUGUUCCAGCAAGGAAAGACUAGUGCGACAGAUUGGGUACCAGCGUCUUGACAAUGCAAGUCCUGCUGACAUCAUCCGCCUGACACUGCCAGACGCCAUUGUGUUCAUCACAUCAGUGGUCGUCCUAGCAAUUUGUCGAGCAGUCAACAAAGGACCGGAGCUCUCGGACAGUCUGCGCUCGGAAACCCCCUUGCUGGGUCGGCAGAAACAGCGGAGCAAUGACGCCCUACUGCACGUUCUCCUGGAUUUUGUGCAGAACUUUGCUCUUGCUGCGGCUGGUGUUAUCGUGCCCUCUGUCUUCUCUGGGGUGUAUUUCGUGGUUUUCCUGGUGGUGCUGACGCUGUGGGGCUGCUACCGCUCCAUGGGCCGGCGCUUCGGCUACGUGCGGCUCAUGCUGCUCCUCUACACCGGCCUGCACAUCCUGCUCCUGCACUUGUACCAGUUCCAGUUUUUCCAGGACGCAGUGCCUCCCUCGUACCUCAUCUCUAGGAUCCUUGGAUUGACAGGCGUUGUGUACACAGACUGCGAUUCUGUGGACUCUAUUUACAUCCACCCCGGUGUGCGUUGGUCAGUGUUCCUGAACCCAGGAUUGCUGCUUCUGCUCUAUUGGGUGCUGGCCUUCAACACUUCCCUCUGGUGCAGAUACAAAAAGAUUAUCGCUGGACUAGAUGCUUUCAUCAACAAGACUGGUGAUCAUCGAAGCCUCAGCUCCUCCGAAGGCAAGCAGAAGCGUAGCCCCAACGAGCGACAGGUACCCCUUGGGAGCAGUCAGAACGAGACAGGAAGUAUGGUCUUUUCCGGCUCCGACUAUGAUGGGGAGGAAGAACCGGGGGAGGAUGAGCACAGCCUGGCUUCCCAUCCUGAGCGUUUAGUGGAACAUGAGGAACCCCCGGGUGGACGCUACGGAGGUGUGGAGGGUGCUGGAGCGUCCGGAUCAGGGUCGGGAAUAGCGGAGGUGGAGAUAGCACCCAAGACAGAGGAGCACACUGGCGAGCCCGUCAAGCGCAAGCCAUGGAUGUCGGUGAUUUUCCUCAUCAUGAGGCAGAGCUAUGUGCUGUCUUUGAUUUCCAUGAUGGCCUGGAGCAUCACCUACCACUCGUGGCUGACGUUUGCCCUGCUGCUGAUGGCCUGCCUGCUCUGGAUGCUUCCCAACUCCCGCAAGUGGUGCCUGCGCUCCUCCCCAGUUGUCCUGUUCUACGCUGAGUGCCUCCUGGUGGCCCAGUACAUCUACGGCAUGAACAUCCGCGACAAGCUGCCCGAGUACGCAGGCUCUUACAGCUACGACGAGAUUGGUCUCAAGUUCUUCACAGACCCUGGACUCAACUUGGGUUUGCAGAUUUUCUUCACUGUGUUCAUUGUGCUGACCUUGCGUCAGUACCUCAGUGAGAGGUUGCCACAGAAGGCUGACCCCCAGGGCAUACGACUGCGGGUACGCCCCAGGAAAUCUACAUUCUUCGACAAGCUCCUUCCCCACGAAAGCCAGGGAGAGACCUAUGACAGCAACACCAUGAUCUUCUUAGUUCCAGUACACCCUGUGGCGAGUCCUCAUGGCAGGUUUCUGGUGGACGGUGGUCAUUUACUCAAUGAUCGUGCUCACCAUCAUCUACACCUACCAGUUUGAAGACUUCCACGGCUACUGGGCCAAUGUUACUGGCUUCAGUGACACUGUGCUGAAGGACAUAGGCUUGGAGCGUUACGACACAGCUGGCCUCUUUGUGAAGCUGCUCACACCCACCAGCUUUGUUAUCAUCAUCAUCCUGCAGCUCCGCUACUUCCAUGCACCGUUCCUCAAGCUCAGUGCACUGGACAGAUACAAGUCGGAGCCAGUGAACAGCAACGUGAACCGCAGCGAUGACGAGGCUGUUGUUCACAACAUCACUGAUGAUGAUGAGGAUGAGAACAACUCGGCCGAUGCACCUAAGGGAAGCAUGAGAAACUACCUGAAGAAGAAGCUGAUCCAAGCCACUCUCCUUUGGAAGACGUUCACUGUGUUCUUGUGGCGUCUGGCAGAGAUACACUUCUUCAAGCUGGUCUGCCUCAUCAUCAUUGUGGUGGCAGUCAAUGAGGUUUCAGCAUUGACGUUCAUCUAUGUCGUGGUAUUGGUGACUUUACUCCCCGUCACACGGUGCCACUUGAUUCUGUCUCACUUGAUUCAGUUGUGGACGGCCGUCAUCAUUUUGGCCAAGAUGAUUUACCAGCUCAAGUUGGUGCACACUGACUACUGGAAGACCAACUGCUCGCACCACAUUGAUGCAAGUAGCCCGUUGUACAUGAAUGGCACAGAGGCUGACAAUGCUGUGUGGUUUGGUCUCAUCAAGAUAGACACUGAAGGAAUCUCCAUUGAUUACUACAUGAGGCUGUACAUUCUUGUGUUGGUGGUCAUUGCCAUUGAGAGCAUCAUUCGCUACCACCAAAAGCAGCACUUCAACCACCCAGGCCACACCCAGCCAGCUGCAGGCAUCCUGUUUCCACACAUCACACGGCCUUGUGCUGACAAGAGCAUUGUGGACUGCAUCAAGUUUUUCGCCAACUAUCUCUUUUACAAGUUUGGUCUGGAGCUGUGCUAUGUGAUGUCCGCCAUCACCAUUGCUAUUCACAUGGACGACAUCGCAGUCAUUUACGCUUUUCUGCUGGCUCUUAUGAUCAUGCUGUCUCGACGGUCCAAUGCACGACUUUGGCCAAUCUACAAGCUCAUUCUGGCUAUCCUUCUGCCUGUGCAGUUCUUGCUAGUGUUGGGAUUCCCCAUUGGAGCUUGCAUAGAAUACCCAUGGACGGACAACUUCUCUGGCAUAACUGAGAACCUCACACAAUGGCUAUUCCUUCCCAGCUACUCAAACCCACCGCACUCUGUCAAACUUAUUGCGGAUUUCUUCCAGCUGCUAUUUGUGUGCCUGCAGGCUCGUGUGUUCAGCAUUGAGUCAAAUGUGGAACAAAUGGAAGCGUAUGGUGGAGGAGAUAACCACGAUAUUCUCCAGGAUGUAGAAGACAAUUUGCCCAUCCCUUGUAAGGACUUCACAAUUGAGCAAAAGGAGAACAUUGAUGUGGCCAAGUUUCUGAUCUUUGAGAACAUGUUCUGGGUGACCAUGGCCAUUGUUUUCAUAACGGGAGCCACGCGCAUCAACUUUUUCUCCUUGUUUUACGUAAUUGCUGUAUUUUGCUUCAUGUGGUAUGGCAAAGAGUUCUUCUUGAAACCCUUGCGCAAGUUGCUCAGAAACUGGAAUUUCCUAAUUGCCUACUGUAUUUUUGUCAUGUUCUUCAAGACCUGCUUGCAGCUGGUGGGCUGUGUGUACGUGGAUGAGCUCAUCGACCACAACCAGUGCUGGCUGGUGCAGCUGUUUGGUGUCAACUGUCUCCUCAGCAACAUCCAAUACAUCCCUAACAGCAGCGGAACUUGCAUGGUGGAGGAGGAUGAUGCUGGACUUGCAUGGGAUGUAGUCUGCCUUGCUUUCUUGCUCUUACAGCGACGCAUUUACUCAUCUCACUACUUCAGGCAUGUGGUGGACACGCUGCACGCUCAGAACAACCUUGUAUCCAGAGGUGCGGAGCUGAUUAAUCGUAUCAUGAUCCGCGAGGUGAACCUGCAAAAGGAAGAGGAGCUCAAGGUUCUGGUGGGCAUCAAGGAGAAGAUGAAGACCCUCAAGAAGAAGCAGGCCAAGCUCAAGAAGGACUACAAAGAGCCCGAGGAACAUUUUCAAGCUAUUCGUGCUGGAGACUACUACCUGUUCGAUGAGGACGAAGACGAUAAAGACCCAGAAGGGGUCACCUCCCUCACCUUCGGUCAGGACAAACCCAAAGAAGGCGAUGAGCCUUCCUCUCCUAAUCCUCUCCAGGUGGUUAACACAGCUUACGAUCAGGGAGCUUCUGCUGCUGUAGAGUCUUACCCCGGGGGUGAAGAGGGUGCCGGAGAAGAGCCAGAGCCUGAACCUGAGUCCGUCAGCAAGAUUCGCCUUGUGAUCAAUUUCAUCCUGACCCUGUGGUACAGCAUCAUUGACUGGCUUAUCCACCUGUGCAACCGUCUCUCUCGCAACUACCGACUUGUCGCCAAGAAACUCUCUAAGGAAUUGGUCUUAGAAAAGACGAAGAUUGUGAACAUGAAGGAGACUGCAUCGGCACCGAGAAAGGACAAGGAAGACGGCAAAGACAGUGAUCCCAUCUUGGCUGAAGAAGUAGCAGUGGACAUUGAGGGCCCCAGUGAGGAGGAACUUGCGGCGGCCAACACCAUAGACAGGUCCUGCAAGUCACACAGUUACCUCAGCCUGGAUGAGCUGGAAAAGGAAGAUGAACAGGAGAUUGAGGAGGAAUUCAAGGCAGACCGGGGCCGAGUCAAGCGUCUCACCAAGGCCGUGGGCCUCCUCCUGGCCUCUCGCUCAGAGCUGUUGUGCUUCUUCCUCAUGAUCCUUGACCAGAUGGUGUAUGGUUCACUUCUCUCCCUGCCCCUGCCGCUCAUGGUGUUCCUGUGGGGGAUGCUGUCUGUGCCCAGGCCUUCCAAAACUUUCUGGGUCACGGUCAUUACCUACACAGAGGCUGUGGUGGUGUGCAAGUACAUGUUCCAGUUUGGAUUCUUCCCCUGGAAUGAUGGACAAAUCAACACCAGCCCCUUCUUCCCUCCUCGCAUCAUCGGCAUUGAGAAGACCUCCAACUACGCUAAUGUGGACAUUGCUCUUCUCCUGGCUCUCUUCCUGCACCGCUCAAUUCUCAGGAAAUAUGGGCUAUGGAGAGACGCAGCAGACAUCACAGCUGACUUGGAAGCGGCUGGCAUGAAGGAACUUCCCACUGAGCCAGCGAUCAAGGAUAAAGAGGAUGAUGACGAAGAUUCUGAGGAGAAAGAUACUGCUGUAGACAGUACAGAAGAUCAAGUGGACACAGGAGAUGACGAAAAAGAAGAGCCGAAGGCGAAAUCCAAACUUGCUCAUGGGUUGUCCUACCUGACUGACCCGUUCACCAAGUUCUUCUGCCAAGUGACUCAGUCCUCGUACAAUGCCACGGUGGACGUAUACGCCCCCAUGUUCUUCUGUGACUUCAUUCUCUUCCUAGUGGUUGUCUUUGGCUUCAGCUCUUUUGGACCAGCGGAGACUGCAGGUGAUGGUGAUGUGACCAGUUACAUUCAGGAGAACAAGAUUCCAGUCCCAUUCCUCAUCAUGCUGAUCACACAGUUUGUGUUCAUCGUCAUCGACCGGGCUUUGUUCCUGCGCAAGUAUGUCCUUGGAAAAUUCAUCUUCCAGAUCCUGCUGGUGGUUCUCAUCCACAUCUGGAUGUUCUUUGUCCUGCCCUCCAUCACCAAGAGGAGUUUCUUCAACAACACCGCUGCCCAGCUGUGGUACUUCAUCAAAUGCAUCUACUUCGGGCUCUCUGCUUACCAGAUCCGAUGUGGCUACCCUAACCGUAUCUUGGGUAACUUCCUCACCAAGAAGUAUGGUUAUUUGAACCUCUUCUUGUUCAAAGGAUUUAUGGCCAUUCCCUUCCUGCUCGAACUGCGAGCCCUCAUGGACUGGAUCUGGACAGACUCUGUGUUGGCCAUCGGCAACUGGCUCCAGAUGGAAGACAUCUACGCCAACAUCUUUGUCCUCAAGUGUUGGAGAGAGAUCGAGAAGAAAUACCCCACUGAGCGUGCCAACAAGAAGAGCCCGGUGGUCAAGUACAUCGUUGGCGGCAUUCUCCUUGUGGUCAUCAUCUUCAUCAUCUGGUUCCCCCUGGUUUUCUUCUCCUUCUUCAACUCUGUCUUUGUGUCUAACCCUCCGUACGAAGCCAGUGUAGCCAUAGGCAUCGGAGGCUACCAGCCCAUGUUCACCACCACGGCUCUCAAGUCGAACAUACGCUCUCUCAACGAUGCUGAAUUCAACUCUCUGAAAAAGCACUACAAUCAAGAUCCGGUGAGAAGGGGGGCUGGUGUUUGUUGGGAGGAGGGUUGAUUUAUUGUUCUUUGAGAAAUAGCUUUUCAUCGCUGUGGCAAGAAAAUGAGUAACAUCGUUUUGAUUAACUUCACAGAUUGGGUGAA